UAUUAUUAUCCGCGAAAUACUUCGCCACUGCAAAAUGGACGUCUCCCAUCUCCCCGCCACUACUCUCCGGCCACCGGCCAGGCGGAGCUCCGCCGCCGCUCCUUCCUUCGUCUACCUUCCACCGAUCAAAUACGCACUCAAAACCAGAAGAAUCUCACCCUCUCUGAAAACCGGCGACCAAACGGCUCUCAAGCGAGCAGUUACCACGAGGAGCAUCGCUCAAGAAGAAGUCUCGCCGAAACCAACGGCGGCUGCCGCCGCCGCCGCCGUCGACGCGCAGAAACUGGUGGACUUCCUGUACGCUGAUCUCCCCCACCUUUUCGACGAUCAAGGAAUCGAUCGAACGGCGUACGACGAGCGCGUGAAGUUCCGCGACCCAAUCACGAAGCACGACACCAUAAGCGGUUACCUCUUCAACAUCGCAAUGUUGAGGAAGCUCUUCAACCCUAAUUUCGACCUCCAUUGGGUCAAACAGACAGGGCCGUAUGAGCUAACCACGAGAUGGACAAUGGUGAUGAGAUUCAUUCUUCUGCCAUGGAAGCCCGAGCUGGUCUUCACAGGGACCUCCGCCAUGGGAAUCAAUCCUGAAACCGGCAAGUUCUGCAGCCACAUGGAUUAUUGGGAUUCCAUUAAGAACAACGAGUACUUUUCGAUAGAAGGUUUGCUGGAUGUGAUCAAGCAGUUGCGAGUGUACAAGACUCCAGACCUCGAAACACCAAAGUAUCGAAUACUGAAAAGAACAGCUAAUUAUGAGGUGCGCAAGUACGAGCCGUUCAUUGUAGUGGAAACAAGCAGCGACAAGCUAUCGGGUUCGAGUGGCUUCAAUUCAGUCGCAGGGUAUAUAUUUGGGAAGAAUUCUUCAGCAGAGAAAAUUCCAAUGACGACGCCGGUGUUCACACAGGCAUUCGACGCAGAAACCUCCAAAGUGUCCAUUCAAAUAGUUCUUCCAUCCGAAAAAGAUAUGAACAGUUUGCCGGCGCCAAAUCAAGAAGAGAUCAGCUUGAGGGAGGCCGAAGGAGGCAUUGCAGCUGUGUUGAGAUUCAGUGGGAAACCAACCGAGGAAGUUGUCCGCGAGAAGGAAAAAGAUCUUCGAUCGAACCUUGUAAGGGAUGGCUUGAAACCGAAAACCGGUUGUUUGUUGGCGCGAUAUAACGAUCCCGGGAGUACAUGGAGCUUUAUAAUGAGGAAUGAAGUAGUAAUAUGGAUUGAAGAUUUUUCAUUGGAUUGAACCAACACGCCCACCUUCCAUAAUUGGUAAGGUUUCCUCUUUGGAUAUAAUUAUAUUCUUUUCAAUAGUAUUAUUAUUAUUAUUAUUAUUAUUAUUAUUUUAAUUGAAUAUGUGUGUAAGAUGGGAUCCAUAUAAAUUUAAUUACAUAUUUACUUAUGUUAUUCUUACCAUGAGUUAAUGUAGAUAUAUUAUGUACUUGAAUCAAUGAGUA